AUGGGGGCGCUGGGGAUCGGUCUGGCGGGCAACAGAUCGCUCGAGGAGCUCGAGGUGGACGCGCAGGGUCUCGGCCCCUCGGUCGAUCUUGGCCCUUUUUCAAAAGGGCUGGCGCAGAACACUACGCUGAGGGUUCUGGAGCUCCACGGGUGCCCCGAGGGCUUUGAGGGACAGCGCGCGCUGGCCGAGGCGAUGCGGACGUGCGGGGUGCGGCGGCUGAGGCUUGGGCUGGACUACGAGCUGAACUACUUCAGUGAUCAUGAUCAAGAGUGGUGUUCGGUCCUUGGGCAGUCUCUCAUGCACGAGUCGCGCGUCGUCGAACUGGACCUUGGAGCGAAGGACCCGUACUGCGAACGCGGCAUCAUCACCGACAUCGGCGAGCUGACCAGCGCGAUCAGAGUCGGUGCGCUGGGAGAGACGCUGCAGACGCUCAACUUGCAGGACUGGUACAAGCUGCCGGCGGAGAGCGUGUCGGCGCUGUUCCAGGCCGUGCGGAGCAGCACGGCGAUGCGGAGCCUCAACGUGUCCGGCGUGCAUGCCGUCGGGCGUGGCGGCGUGACGUCGCUGGCUGACCUGCUGAAGGCGAACCGGCUGACGAGGCUUGAGGUCAACAACUGCGCGAUCGACGACGCCGGCGCGGCGCAGCUCGGCGCGGCGAUGGCGCAGAACAACACGCUGGAGUACCUGGACGUUGGCAACAACGACCUGGGCCCCGCGGGCGUGGUGGCGCUUGUGCGGGGGCUGGGGCGGCGGUCGGCGCUGCAGCAUCUCAUCUUUGCGGAAACGAGGAUGCACGGCCCUCUCGCAUGGUGGAACGGAGGUGACGAGCUCGACCUCCUCCUCGAGGAGGAGGUGAACUUCAUGCGACGCACUUUCUUUGACCCGCGGGUGGCAGAGACGCUGGCUGGUGCCAUAGAGCGCGGUGCUCCGCUGGUCACGGUGGAUCCGAGGGGCUACUCGCUGUCCGUGGAGGCGUGCAAAAUCCUCGUCAGCGCCAUGGAGAGGAGCACAACUGGGCGGAAGUACACCCUGCGCGCCCGCCACGUCGUCCAGGCCUGGGACGAUGCGGGGAUCACUUCGCUUGCCGAAGUGAUGUGCCAUCUCAAUGGUCCGCGUGCUGAGCAGCACGAGUGCCAGACAUCGUUCGAGAUCGUCGGUGCUGAGACAGUCAGACCAUCUAUUCGCGGCGCCUCGAUGAUCGGUGUUGAGUUGACUGCGCAGAUCGUUGCAGCAGGACCUGGGCGCGAUACGCGCUGA